AUGAAAACAUCUCAACGUAGAUCCCAGCGCGCAUCUGCCGCUUGCGACUUUUGCCGAAGGCGAAAGCUUGGUUGUGACAACGCGAAGCCAAAGUGCGAAAAUUGCCAGGGUCGGGCCAUUGAAUGUACAUAUUCUCAGAGAACUGCUCAGGCUAGGCCGUCCAAUGCGCGCAUACAGAAACUAGAAGAGGAAAAUGCUCGUUUACGCGAUCAGUUGUGUUCAAGAAGUCCGGAGUUGAGCAGCGUGCAUUCCGAUACUCAGCAAGAAGGAAACCAUCUGGAUGAAACCCCGAAUCCCACUGAAUCUACAAUUACGCUGAACAUCAUUAACGAUCAGACUUAUCAAGCAAAGGGGCAAGCUGCCUCUCCUUCUUACCACUUAUCGAUCGGGCAACCCGAGGGUGCCGCGUUUCAUGGCCCUUCCAGCGGAGCUAUACACAUAGGGACUGCCAGAGACUCGUCUCGUAUAACCAGCUCCGACGAGAUUGCCAAGAACCAACUUUUGGCAGAGACAACUAGGCAACGUCAACUUGAAAAGGUCAACCUCAGAGCAGGAAAACUGGACUUUGGUGACAUCAGCCCCAAAGUCGGUAUAGAUCUUCUUUCCAAGUUCUGGAACCGCCAGCACUACAUUGGCUCUAUCGUGUAUCGACCAGCCUUUAUGCGCGACAUGGCGUGCAACGGUCCUUACUACUCCGACCUCCUCCUCACAGCCAUGCUCUUUGCUGGCUCUAUGCAUACAGUCGACGCAGCCGCUCUCCGAAACACCGGCAGGCUGAAUUCCAUCGGGCGUCCAUAUCGCAUCAAGUUUGAACAAGCCUUGCAUGCUUGUGGCUCUCAGGUGUUGUUCAACAGUGAAAUAACCACCAUCCAGGCGCUACUGGUCGUUUCUGAUGCGCUAUUCUCAUGGUGUAACGAGAGGAGUCUCUCAUGGCAUUACUUAGGUAUCGCGAUUAGUAUGAUAAUCGAUCUGGGUUUGCACAUCGAUGGCCCAGCUCGGAGAUCUUCAAAGAAGUUAUCUGCUGAGGAUAUAGAGAUCGAGCAUCGCGUGUUCUGGGCGACAUUCAUUUCGGACAAGGUGCAGUCUAUCUACCAAGGCCGUCCAACUCGGUUACGCGAACAUGACAACCGUGUACCGAUCGUGUUUCUCGAUGAAUAUGAAGAACUGGAGGAUUUUCAUACCCGAGGGUUUUCUGCUCAACCGUCUCAGUUGGAUUGUCCGACGUAUAGUGUCUCCACGUUUGGGCAACUUUGCGGACUCAGCAUUAUCAUGGAUCGUAUUCUUUGCGCUCUUUAUGCGGAGAGAAGCGCCACAAAGACUGCUGAUCAAAUAUGGCAGUCUGCACAGUCGCUUCACCACGAUCUGAAAUCUUGGAAGGAUGGAUUGCCGGAGUGUCUGAGAGUUGAUCUGAACGACCCUACUUCCUCCAACAUCCUUCCCCACAAUCUGUCACUGCUAUCAUUGUUUAACUCCCUCAUCAUCUUGAUCUAUCGUCCUUUUCUUUCAGAAGGCCACCUGACAUCCGCCUCUACAACAGUCGCGCCUGAAGCCUUCUUCAACUGUGUCACAGCUGCGAUAGAGAUCCACCAGAUUCUUCAAAUUUUCAAGCAGCACUUUUGUCUUCGUACAGCGCCUUACUUUAUAUCGUAUGCCACGUACGUGAGUGCAACCAUUCAUGUGCGUAUGGCGGCGCAGAAAAGUCCAGGAUCACAAGCGCAUGCGUGUCUCAGAAAUUGCUUGGAGAUUUUAUCCGAACAGCAGACGUGGUGCCACGCCCCAAAGCGAACGAUGAAGAUUCUUCUUGGUAUUAUGAACCGCUUGGGAGUCAACGUCGGGGAGUUUGUGGCGAUAGAACCGACAAGCUGUCAAGACGGUCACCUGGGACAGAUUGAUUUAUCUGAUCUAUCUGAAAUUGGUCCUGACAUCACGUACCAAGAGCCCGACGUGUCAGUCACGCAGCAGCCAACGCCUGACACGGCAGUUAACUUCUCUAACCUGGAGGUUUCCGAUUUUGACAUUGAUCGGAUCAUGCAAAGCUUUGUGUUCGAAGCCCCUCUGGCACAGGAGGACUUUGUACCGAUGCCUCAGCCUGGCUUCAACCACUAUGGCACUGGAGAUGAGGCACUUACGAGUCGGGAUAUGAUGGUGUUUGAUGACUUGUUCGGGUUCGACUCUAGUACCUCUUAG